GCGUGUUCUCCUCGGGAGUCUUUCAACAUGGCGGAGUCAGCGGAGCUCUAUUAGUUUCGAAGUGGGAGGUGUAGCUCCCGUUGGAAUUCGCCGUGGGCACCAAUCUCGUGGCGUCCGGUCAACCGUCGCUGCAGGCCGACAUGACGCUGACAGAAGGCUCCCGCAAGCGCCCCCGCCCAUGCAAUGACGAGAGCUGCGAGUUCAUGCCAAUUUCAAAAAAGAUUAACAACCUCAGGAUACGGGUCAACUCCCAUGACACUGUAGACGAAGACACAAGCUCUUCUGGCGGGUCUUGCCCCGACCAUGCCCCACUGGCGCACCUGGUUUCCAAUGGCGGUGACAACAACCCACAUUACGGCGCCAUCAACCGGCUUCUCUUUGAAGCUCACAUGCAGAGGCAGCAACGAAUGCUCGGUGCCUCCCAUCAGCGACUUCCGGAGCACUGUCCCGGUCCGAGCCAGCUGUGACCGCUCCCGCACCCUUACUGAAUGGCCUUGCAUGCUUGGUGUUUGGCUGCGAUAGCAGCUGUUGUUUUACCGUGACAAAACUGUGCUCUUCAGAAGGAUGCCAGCAGAGACGUGUCCUAGUGAGACGCAGGCACUCUUUCACGUCUGUACGCCAGCCAUCUCUGGACGUCCCUGCAGUGUGAGAAGCGCACCAUUUUGUGUGGUUUUCGCCAUGGCUACAACAGAAGCAGUCCGGUCGUCUGCCUCAUUCCAAGGGCGUUGCACCCACUGGACGUAGCCCUUCUGCGACUGCCUUGCGACUCUCAGGUGUCAUUUGUUUUUCUCUGCUCUCUGCUGCAAGGAAAUUCCAAGCUGUGUGGUACACCCACCUCGUCACAUUGCUUAUGUUCAUUGAGGAACAGUGCUAAUAAGGCUGCUUACACAUUAUGGUGUUAUGUCUGCCUGCACAGUGACUUCAUUUGCAUUAAACUGAUUGUAGAGAAAGUUUGGCAGGACUGCAGCGUGAUGCUGACGCUAGCACCCAUUGACCAGGGUUGUGACAAAUUGACCUGCUCUUGCCGCAAAGCCACCCACCAUCAUUUGACUUCAGCGAGUGAACUGCAUUAUGGCGGUUUGUAGGACUUUCUACGUGACUUGGUUUUGCUCUCUGUCAGACGACUCAUCGCGUCGUCGAGAGUAGGAUCGCCCGCAAGGAAAUGUCGGCUCAUCGUCUUCAAACAGUGUGUACAGCUGAGCAUUUGAGAAACAUUGUGAAAUGCGCCGUGGCUGCAAAGCUUGCCAAGAGAACUAGUGUGUGGAGAAUUUGUGUCAGAGUCGUUGCAUCUGUAAUGUAGUGGCGCUGGGUUUGGUGGGGCCAUUGGACAGUUGUGUCGGGAUUGCAAAUACUUCCUUUUAUUACAGAAUGAGUGUGCAGCCAGUGUCAUUAUUAGCCAGUGACAGGGUACUACCACGAAGCACAAAUAAAAAUUUGUUUUGGCCAUUCAACCCUGAGUGUAAUGCAAGACUUUGAUGUGGCACUGCAACGCUAUACCUGCCUCUUACAAGGCAACUUCAUCAGAAGGCAGCGUUCCUGCUAAGCCCUCUACUUUUGGUUACAUCGUGUAUUGUGGCCUGCACUAAAAUUGUCAGAUUGCAUUUGAUCCUAAGGCCCAGAUUACGCCUUACAUCACUGUCUGCCUAGAACAAUUAGGAGCAGUUCCUUUUAGCAUUUUGAGGGCCUUUUAUUCUUAGCGAACCUGUUUUCAAUUGAGUGGCAUGUGGCCUGUGCUUGCAGCAAUAUUGUUUUUACGAAUCUACGUUCCUGUGUAGCGUCGUACAUGCAAUUAAAUUAUCUUCUGCA